CCACGUGAAAAUUCACAUUUCACAAUUCACAAUUAUCAUCAAACAUACCCCAACUUAACACACACGCAUACCGAAAGAGAGUGUUGAAAAAAAAAACUGAAAAAUAGUGCAAAUGGCCAAGGGCCCCUGGUAUUGCAGUUGUUGAAUCCAAACAAAUAUUAUUCUAUGGUAAACAAUUUCAGUUACGAUUCUGCUUCUAUACAAUCCUCCAUUCAUCUUCUUCUCCUUUCUUCUAUUCUAUUAUUCUAUUCAAUUUUCAAUGGAAAACCCUAGAAACGGUUUUUUGAUGGAUGAAGAUGAAGAAGAUCCCGGGAGUGCAUUAUCCGUUGACUCAACCGAAUCAAGAUGGGUUUUCCAGGAAGACGAAGAUCCCUCUGAGAUCGACGAAUACGAUGCUUCUGAUCUGCGCCACCAAUCUAUGUUCGAUUCAGAAGACGAAGAUAAUGCUGACCACAGGCUUAUUCGUACUGGUCCACGAGUUGAUUCGUUUGAUGUUGAAGCUCUUGAGGUUCCUGGUGCGCAUACACAUCACUAUGAGGAUAUGACCGCAGGAAAGAAAAUUGUGUUGGCUUUUCAAACUCUUGGUGUUGUCUUUGGUGAUGUUGGAACAAGUCCAUUAUAUACCUUCGGUGUUAUGUUUAGAAAGGCUCCUAUUAAAGACAAUGAAGAUAUUCUUGGGGCAUUAUCACUUGUCUUGUACACUUUAAUCUUGAUUCCUUUGCUCAAGUAUGUUUUUGUUGUUCUUUGGGCAAAUGACGACGGUGAAGGUGGUACAUUUGCAUUGUAUUCCUUGAUUUGUCGUAAUGCUAAGGUGAAUCUUCUUCCCAAUCAGUUGCCAUCAGAUGCCCGUAUAUCAGGCUUUAGGCUAAAGGUGCCGUCCCCUGAGCUUGAAAGGUCUUUAAAAAUUAAGGAAAGGCUAGAGUCUUCUUCGAAUCUAAAGAAGAUUCUACUUUUAUUAGUUCUUGCUGGUACUUCUAUGGUCAUAGCUAAUGGGGUUGUUACACCAGCAAUGUCAGUACUAUCAUCUGUUAAUGGCUUGAAAAUUGGUGUAGAUGCCAUUAAUCAAGAUCAAGUGGUGAUGAUUUCUGUUGCUUGCCUUGUCGUUUUGUUUAGUGUACAGAAGUAUGGAACAAGUAAAGCUGGGCUUGCUGUAGGACCUGCAUUGUUUUUAUGGUUUUGUUCUCUUGCGGGCAUUGGUGUAUACAAUCUUGUCAAAUAUGACAGCAGUGUCUUAAGGGCUUUUAAUCCCAUUCACAUCUAUUAUUUCUUUGCAAGGAAUUCAACUAAAGCAUGGUAUUCUCUUGGGGGCUGUCUUCUGUGUGCAACUGGCUCUGAAGCCAUGUUUGCAGAUCUUUGCUACUUUUCUGUUCGAGCAGUUCAGGUAAUUAAUCAUCUAUCACGGCUUCUGGUUGGAUUUCUUUUAUUUCUUUGGUCAAUAUCAAAUUACACAUUGAUGAAACUGAUGCUGGUUUGUUUGCAGCUUACAUUUGUGUUCCUUGUUUUGCCAUGCCUAUUGUUGGGUUAUUUGGGUCAAGCUGCAUACCUUAUGGAACACCACGCUGAUGCCGGCGAGGCCUUUUUUUCUUCUAUUCCAAGUGGUGUAUUCUGGCCAACUUUUCUCAUUGCUAAUAUUGCUGCACUUAUUGCAAGUCGGACUAUGACAACAGCUACAUUUUCUUGCAUAAAACAGUCAACUGCUCUUGGUUGUUUCCCGCGUCUUAAAAUCGUUCACACUUCUCGGAAGUUUAUGGGUCAAAUCUACAUUCCUGUCAUAAACUGGUUCCUGUUGGCUGUUUCUGUGGUGUUUGUCUGCUCUAUAUCCAGCAUUGAUGAGAUUGGAAAUGCAUAUGGCAUUGCUGAGCUGGGGGUAAUGAUGAUGACCACCAUUUUAGUCACUCUUGUCAUGCUUCUUAUAUGGCAGAUGCACAUCGUCGUAGUGCUGAGUUUCCUGGUAGUCUUCUUGGGUUUGGAGUUAGUUUUCUUUUCAUCCGUUUUGUGGGGCAUAGCAGAUGGAAGUUGGAUUAUAUUGGUCUUUGCUGCAAUAAUGUUUUUUAUAAUGUUCGUCUGGAACUAUGGAAGCAAGCUCAAGUAUGAAACUGAAGUCAAGCAAAAGCUAUCAAUGGAUUUAAUGCGAGAAUUGGGCUGCAAUCUUGGGACAAUACGAGCUCCUGGAAUUGGUCUACUUUAUAAUGAGUUGGUCAAAGGAAUUCCAGGAAUUUUUGGGCAUUUUCUAACUACACUUCCAGCAAUACACUCCAUGGUUAUAUUUGUGAGUAUCAAGUUUGUUCCAGUUGCUAUGGUGCCUCAAAAUGAAAGGUUUCUAUUUCGACGAGUCUGCCAGAGAAGCUAUCAUUUAUUUCGUUGUAUUGCCAGGUAUGGUUACAAAGAUGUUCGCAAAGAAAAUCACCAAGCUUUUGAACAGCUUUUAAUGGAGAGUUUAGAGAAGUUUAUACGCCGUGAGGCACAGGAGAGAUCACUUGAAAGUGAUGGGGAUGAGGAUACUGAUUUAGAAGAUGAGUACUCUUGUUCUAGAGUUCUCAUACAUCCAAAUGGGAGUGUUUACUCACUCGGUGUUCCUCUUCUAGCUGAUUUUAAUGAAACCUUCAUGCCUACUUUUGAACCUAGCACGUCAGAGGAUGCACAUCCUUCGUCGCCCAAACCCUCUGCGCUCGAUGCAGAGCAGGUUCUAGAAAGAGAGUUAUCUUUUAUACGUACGGCUAAAGAAUCUGGAGUGGUUUAUCUUCUUGGUCAUGGAGAUAUAAGGGCAAGAAAAGAGUCAUGGUUUAUGAAGAAGCUAGUUAUAAACUAUUUUUAUGCCUUUCUUAGAAAGAAUUGCAGAAGGGGGAUCACAAAUUUAAGCGUACCACAUUCGCAUCUAAUGCAGGUUGGAAUGACUUACAUGGUUUGACACUUUGGCCAUCAUUUUGCAGCCCAAUAAAAGUUAUGAAACAAGUGUCAGGUAAAUCGGAACAUUCACAUCUUGGAAAGUCUCAUUUUCGAGCGUGCUUAACUUGAUCAUCAUUAUUUGGAUCCCCAUACUGAACAUCUUUCCAGCUCCACCUCUGGAAAUUGUUUCAACUUUCCUUAUGAGUCCGAGCAUGCACCGCGGAUAUAUGGAAUUGAAAUAGAUUGAGAACAGAAAUAGAUAGAUAUAUGUAGAAAAAGAAUGAUAUAUGUAAAAUUAUAUUUAUGAAAAAAAAAUGCAAAAAUGGCUGUGUACACAUUUUGUGGAUGUGCAAAAUCCCCUAUUUCAAUAUGGUAAACAGAUUUUUGUACAUGAGUACUUUAUCUAGUAUAUGUAUUUUUUCAUUGAAAUUAAUUAUUUGCUUGAUUUCUUGUGAA